AUGGGCCAAUGGCUGAGGGGCGGCCCAUCCGGACAAAGCCUGAUCAAGAGGGUCGGGCCAUGGCACGACCUAAUUAAGGCGGAACAUCUGAUGUCCCCGACGCAUCCACCAGGCCCCAGCCGCCACCGCCACCGCCACCGCCACCGCCACCAGCGGCCUUCACCUGAGAAGAAGCAGAAGCAGGGAAUCCUCCGAUCAGAUUUCAGCGAAGAACAGGUUCGCCACAAGCGGCCUCAACCUGAGAAGAAGCAGAAGCAGGGAAUCCUCCGAUCAGGUUUCAGCGAGGAACAGGUUCGCCGCCAGCGGUCUCCACCUGAGAAGAAGUUGAAACAGAUGAGUGGUGAAAAAAAUAUCAAUGGGGCUCUAUCAGAUGACUUGUUGUCCAACAUUUUUGACCGUGUCCCGGCCCACGAUAUAUACAAGGCAAGGCUCGUUUGCCGCCGGUGGUACCAUGUGACCCAUACCCACAAAACUUACGCCCUUCUCUUCACCAAAUACCGGGCUGUGUUCUCGAUGGGCACCCGAGACGGCCGGGUCGAGAUAACCAAGUUGAGGCAACAAAACACGAGCGUGGCUGUGACCGAUUGUUCGCAACUCUGUUUAGCGGUUGCAGAAGGAGGGAAAUGUACUGAGCUCAUCCUCUCACAUCACUCGUCAGGGGUAAUUCUUAAUCUCCCUUCACUCGUCACUCGUUCAGCGACACCUAUGUAUUCAUGGGGAGUAUCAUGUGCUCGGGACUUCAUGGAUUUGAAAGUGGUGGUCUUCAUUCCUGGCGAUCCAUAUAUAGGCGUAAAGAUGGACGAGUUUCACGUGUUAACCAUUGGAGAAGGAGAAGAUGAUGAUGAGUCGUGGAGAGUCGUGCAGGCGGAGCCUAGGGUUUUUAAGUGUAAACCCGUUUUGAUUACUGAUGGGUUUAUGCAUUGGGUCUUGCAUGAAGACAGGUUAUUGACUAUGAAUCUGGAGACUGAGGAAUUCACGGAGAGCCCUGAGCCCGGUUACUCUAUUGGCCCGAGUGGGGAAGUUAAGAAUACUUACUUGUCGACUGGAAAGUAUUUAUCUUUAUUGCGUGAGUGUGGAAAGCUUUAUUGGGAAGUUUGGGAGAUGGAUCCUCGCACGUUUGCAUGGAGAAUGACGGGGGAUUUUUCAUUGGAGGAACACAGGAGCCAAUUUGAAUCUACAAGUAAAGAUGUGGCUAUAAUUCCAGUUGGUUGGGUUAAGUACUUGGAGGUGUUGGUACUUUGUGCCAAUUUGCGUAAGAAUAAGAUUUUGAUCUACAACCUCGUCAAGGAGGAAAUGGAGAAAAUGAAGCUAACUUGCAGGGUUGGCUAUUACAGUAUACACCCUUAUGAAGUCUAG